AUGCGUGCGAUUUUUUUCUUUCGCGCUGGCCUUCGCCGUGCCAAUUCUGACUUCAGCCCGUUUUGCGGCGCUUGCGCUUGCGCCCAUUGCGCGGGCAUGGCGAAGCGCACUCAGGCUGAGGCCUUCGGCUCCGCGCGAAUGCCGGCGCCGGUGCCGCGGCCGCAGGAGCUGCCUCGGCCGAGUCCAUCGAGCGCAAUUGGCACCGAGGCUUUCCGCAUACAAUGGGGCCCUCCGCCUCACGACCAGACGCUGCCGAGCGCCGACGCGCCGCCGAGCGCCGACGCGCCGCCCAGCGCGCUACUGCGCCCUCCGAGGAAUGCCUCGCCGCUCUGCUCGAGGAGCCUGAUCCCCCGUUCCGUUGCCGUGAGGCACGCCAUGGUGGACUGA